UUGUUGCACUUAAUUAAUUUCAUAGACAUUCAUUUGAUUUUAAUCAAAGAUAGAUUGCAAUCCUGAAACCCAACAUCUACUGACCACAUUCACAUUGAUUAUGAUGCCUUACCUCUACAACAAGCUCUCCAUUUACUGCAUUUGCAUACCCUACUUCAAACGCAUCCUCGUCACAUUUUGACGCAUCAACAAAACCAUCUCCUGUAGAAAAUGUUUCUUGUGCUGGGUCGCUUUCAUCAAGAUGCAUCACUAAAACAGCCUGAAGAAAGUUGACACUUUCAUUCUCAGAUGUUAUGAUAUGAAAGAAGAUAAUAUUUAUUUCAAUGAGACUAUAAAAUCCAUCAUGGCGAGAUCUUGGAACCCGGAAUUUACACAUUCAGAUCGCGAAAGAUGGAUAUGUGUUUACCCAGCAUACAUCAACAGUAAGAAGUCUAUAAGUGAGGGCAGGAGAAUACCAAAAGAACUGGCUGUAGAGAACCCCACCUAUACUGAGAUACGUGACAUCUGUGCAUCAUCGGGACUAACACUAGGGGUAGAGAAUAAAGUCUACCCACGGGAAGUUGACUCCAGAGACACACGGUUUAGGGGCAGAAUUAGAGUGCAAUUGAAAAAUAACGAUGGAGAGCCACUGCAUAAGGCAUUCCCUACAAGGCAAUCUGUUUUACUUCACAUUGCUGAAAUGAUUCCUAAAUUAAAAUCUCGUAAGGAGAAUCAGACUCCGAGCUCAUCUCAACAACAGAAUACAACUAGCAAGAAAGGAAAAAAAGACAAGAAAGGAAAACGAUAGCAUUAGAAACUAUUAUUAUAACGUAUGUGAAGAGACAAAAUGAGAAAUAUUAUAACAUGUAUAAAAAGUAAAAAAGGAAAUAAAGAAAAAAUAUCAAAUUAAGCAAUUUGUAUUCCAUCUUUAUGUCCCCAUAACAAAAUGUGGGGACAUAUUUUAAUGGGUUUCUCCAAAAACCAGUUAUAAAUAUCACUGGUGAUCCACUCAAUUACGCUGGUACCGUUUUGGUAACAAAAUGUUGGAACAUCGAAGGUAGAAGGUACAAUUUUUCUUUUUCUAAAACAUAUGAUAC